AUGGCAACGCCCCGCCCCAGGCCCCGCCCACCGCCGGCCCCGCCCCGCCCGGUAGCCGGCAUGGCGGCGGCGGGCCAGGAGCCGGGCGAUGCCGGCCCCGAGGAGUUCGCGUACGGGGAGGAGGACUUCGUGCUGCAGGCGGCCGGGUGGGGGGACGAGCCGGGCUCCGCGCCCUCCCGCUUCGACCGGGCGUUGCUGGAGCGCUGGGACGACAGGAUGGAGCGGGGCUUGUUCCGGUACCGGCUGGGGCCGCUGCCCACCCGCCUCCUGCCCGGCCCCAUGCGCAUGGUGGCCCAGCUCAACGUGCAGCGCGGCACCGAGCGCCGCCCGCCGCAGCCCGUCCAGAGCCUCCGCCAGCCCUUCGACCCCGCCGCCUUCAACUUCACCCGCCUGCGCCCCGCCGAGCUGCUGCUCCGCCUGCGCCGGCCCGGCGGCCCCGACCCGCUGCUGGUGGCCAUCAACGACAGCCCGCUGGUGCGGGGACACGUCCUGCUGCUGCCGGAGCCGGCGCGGGGGCUGCCGCAGGCGCUGACGGCGCCGCUGCUGCGCGGGGGGCUGGAGGCCGCGCUGCUCAGCGCCCACCCCGGCUUCCGCCUGGGCUUCAACGGCCUGGGGGGCUGCGCCUCCGUCAACCACCUCCACCUGCACGGCUUCUACCUGCGCCGCCCGCUGCUGGUGGAGUCGGCGCCCGCCCGGCCCCUGGGGCGGCCGCACGGGCCCGGCCUCCUGACCGCCGUCCCGGCCCCCGCCUUCCUCUUCUACGCCGCCGACCCGGCCGGGCUGGAGGCGGUGGCGCGGGACGUCAGCCGGGCGGCGGAGCGGCUGGCGGACACCGGGCUGGCCUACAACCUCCUCAUCACCCGCGGCGACCCGCCGGGGGGGCCGGCGCCGGACGGGCAGCGGGGGCUGCGGGUGCUGCUGUGGGCGCGCAGGCCCAGCUUCGGCGCCAAGGCGGGCGCGGCCUUCAACGUGGCGCUGUGCGAGCUGGCCGGGUACCUGCCGCUACCGGCGGCGCCGCUCUUCGAGGAGAUCACCGAGGAGGAGGCCCUGCGCGCCAUCCGCGAGCACCUCCUGCCGGAGCCGCAGCUGCUGCGCCUCGGCGAGGACCUGGCGCAGCUCCUGGCGGACUGACCGGGGCCGGGGCCGCUCCCCGCACCGGUACCCCGGGACCGGCACCGGGCCGCCUCCGCGCCGUCCGCCAGGGGGCGCUGCGCCGCCGCGGGGUGCCAGGCUGCGUGCCACGUGACCACUCGGGGGGCGCCGUGGCCCCGCCCCGUCGC